AUGGGUACAAAGGUGAUAUCUAAAGUCAAGACGUUCUUCAAUGUUCUUCGAUCUCUUCAAGAGGAGGAAAACAGGGAUUCAUGUACAUAUGAGGAGGAUAUCCAAAUAUUAAAGACGAAUGGAGACAAAAUUACUGCAGUAAAUUUAUACUGUAGCAACCAGACAGUGUUUGUCUGUGAAAAGGCUGUUCCACGAAUAAGUGAGCCAGAUGAUGAACAAGUAUUGGAGACAUCAAACUCUGAUGCUGUUUAUGGUUGUGAUGUUCUACAAACAGAAGCAGGACCGCAGCCACUUACAAUCACAAAAGCAAGACAGCUGCUGUCUUUGUACACGUUAUCUCAAAAUGCUGGUGUGUCAGCCGUGGACAGCAGCUUUGUUUUACGCCCUCUCUGGGUGCGAUGCGACAUGUCUGAUCCUGAUGGAACAACUUGGUUUGGUGCUGAACCAGUUUGCACAGGAAACAAAGUAACUGGAGUCAAAUUGUAUUCCGUAACCUGCAAAGGUUCCACCGUGGAUAAACGGUCUUUCCUGACCUUAGAGGAGCUGAAACAAGAGCACAAGAAGAGACAUCAUCUAACCUCAAUGGGGGUUAAAGGGAAUGCCACGUUCAGCUUGUUUGGCUCCACUGUUCUUGAAAACACCAUCAUUGAGUCACAGAGCAGUGUGACUGUGGAUUUCAAAUGGAGUCAUGUGGAGAGCAUACUUGAAGCUCCUCCUUUGUCUUCAACAGCAACAAUGAAUAUCAAAGUUGAAAGUGGUGAUAUGAGAAGUCCGAUGUUUGGGAUGUACAGGGAGCUGGAGUUUCUUCGGACUCUUGCAGAGAGUUUGAAAACUGGUGAGACUGAAUGGAUGGAACCAAUGGAAAGCACAUCAGCUGUAAAUCUGACUAAGGCCUACCUUGAAGAACUUCAGAACACUGCAACAGCACUGCAAGAUCAGGCUGCAAAAACAGCCGAGGCCACAAAGCUAAAGUCUGAGACAGACCCUGCUAUUUUCAACAGAUCCUUGGAAAGAGGCGAUUUGGAUUUUGUGGAACAGCUGUGGAUUCGGUUAAGAAAAAGUGUGACUUCAUACGAGGACGUGAGAGACAGUUUGAAGUUGGUUACUGAAGCUCUACAAUAUGGAAACAUCAAGCCUUGGAUUCACAGGGACAGCAGCAGCUCCCUUAGCAAGCUUAUUCUGCAGUCCUACCACCAGCAGAUCGAUCACGUCUCUCUGACAGGUGUCACCCCCAUUAUCAUGCUCCUGGAGAUGGGGUUGGACAAGAUGAGAAAAGAUUAUAUUAACUACCUGAUUGGUGAAGAACUGACAACUUUAAACCACUUGAGUUACUUCCUGAGCACAGAGGUGGAUCUGCAGGAGCAAGUUGUUCGACUUAGAAAACUGCACCAUCUGCUGGAGAUAAUUGCGACCUGUACUGCAUUCCUGGAUUUGCCCUAUGACCGCCUCUUUCAUCUCACACAGUCUUGUUUGCAGCGCUUCAAAACGUCUCCAAACGAUGAGGAACAUGAAUUCAAACUCCAAGUCAAACCGGCCCUGAUCAGCCAUUUGUAUCAGAAAGAGCAUCCAUUAAUGUGGGGGGUCGAGGUUUCCAGUGGUCACGGUCCUCGUGAGGUGCGGACAUCUUUACAGCUUAGCAACAGACCGCUGGUUGAUCACGUCAUCAUUGACACAGAUUACCCAAAUGAAACCGUGAACGGGGACAGCGAGGAGCCUGCUUUCUUUUCCACUAUGGUGUGCUGCAGCCUUGUCAGCUUUACCUGAGUUUACAAAGUACACACACCUACACAAAGU